AUGGAUUACAACGCCUCGCUCAAGGAAUGUGCCGUUCCCGAGAGGAUCGGAAAACUCUAUUUCCGCAAAGCCCCCGACACGUACAUUCUCGAGCUGUCCACGUAUGCUGCUCCCAAGAAGAGAUCCACCGAGACAAGGCCUUCGCGGUGCACGGCAGACAUUCUGGAGGCGAUUUGUCAGAACUCCAAAUUUGAAAUGCCCACGUUCCUUUCGUCUCGCAGCAGCAACAUCAUGCUGCCCACCGAGGACGACACAACGCUCACCGCAGAGUACCUAUAUCCGUCCUCUCCGUACUGGGAAGGAGAAAUACAGGUGAAGCCCCACGAGAUCAAGAACGAGGACUCGGACGCGUUCGAGUUUUGUGAGAGCUCUGUAUUUGAGAGCGUAGACUCGGAGAAAUACUAG